GAUGCGAGAGGAGGAAUGGACGGCGUGGAUAAUCCGAUACAUCACAGUAUGCCCGCCCACAAAACUGCCCGUUCGUGGUUAGAGACGGGCGGGGAUAGGACGCAAUCCGCGUCCAGUAACCAAUCCCCGCCCAAGAAAAAGUGGAUUGAGUAUAUUUUCGUCAUUUCAGAUUCAGCCUAUAGAAACCUGAUAAUUUCAAAACGCCAGGAACUUUCGGUAAAGCCACAAUUGCAGAUGAAUUCCAGGGCUAAGCUUCUGAAGGCAGACUUGGCGUUUCUUGAAUGCUUGGAGAAAUCAUGGACGAGCAACACAAAGGGAGAUGCCCGCAUAGCUUAUCUUUAUCGGUCAAUGUGCAUUGCAGGUCUGAGGAAUAUACUUAUACCUUAUAGAAUGCAUCUGGUGAGACUACAAUCAGGGCCGUCGAUGGUAGAGCGGUUAGGCAAUUUGAAUGGGAAAAAUAACACAUGCAGAGCAGAGACAAACUUGAAUAAUAGAUCCUGAUGUUUGGAAUAUUUGGCGAAGUUUGUGGAGUUUCUCUAUGUAUUAUUGGAGCACUGAAAUGUACAUAUCAUGUCAAUAGCAUAUUGCACUGUAGUUACCCUGUACCUAUGAAUUGAAAUGUGUCCAUAGUAGAGCUGUAUAUAGGUGUAUGAUAUAGUUGAUACUUCAACAUGUUUGGUUUCCUGCCAAACUCACAUAUUGUAAUGUGCAGUGAUCUUCUCAAACCUUGGAAUGCUUUUUUAAUUUUAUUUUUU